CUCCCCUCCUCAAAGAAGUGGCAACCUUCAGUCAUUAACAGCCUGUGCCCUGUCUUACUUCUUACCAGUCCUGCAGUGUCGUGGAUCACUUGUGUGGCCUUUCUAGCCAUGGUCUUGUAAUUCCCACCCAGGUGAUUAGGUGGGCCUGUGUCAUAGGGUAAUUGUGGCCCAUCAAAGGGAUUGGUCAGCUUUGCCAUUCUGCUAGGCUUGAAAUGAGCCAUCCCAGAGGUGGAAAAGAAGACACCACCACCAUCAAGAAAGAACAGCCAGGAGCCAGCACAUCUUUUGGACCCAGGAUCCCUGCUCUGAGAAGUUCCUGGACCCAGGAGACAGAGGGCAAGCUAUAACCCUGAGGACAGCGAGAAACAGCAGGAGACAGCAUGGUGGGCUCCCCAGCCCACAGGGCAAGAAGGCUGAGUGCUUUUGAGCAGAAGCUGAGGGCCAGGGAGAGCCACGCCUGUCAGCAUGGCUGGGAAUAGGCUGUCCUGAUGGAAGAACUGUAUCCUUGAGUGUUCCUGAGCCUGAAUUGCAACCUGUUACUUCCCUAAUAAACCCCAUUAUCGUGAGUAUGGUCUGUGAAUUCCCUGAGGCCGUUGCAAUGAAUUAUCAAACCCAGCAGAGAAAUAGAGAAUGCCAUGGGAGGGGCAGUUGGUGUCGGAAUUGGUAAGAAUCAGCCUUAGGCUGUUGAUCUUGAUUCUCCUUCCUCCUUGUGAAGUUAGAGAAGGUCAGACACUGCCCCAUGCCAUUUUUACAGCUCCCUGCCUGGUACACUAAGAUCUGGCAGUAAUUUAAAUGCUUCUGUUUUCACUAACCAGGCACUUUCUCACCCGUUUGCCUUUGCACAUCUUACUUGGAUUGAUGCCUCUGAGAGGGAACUUUUGGAGAGGGAAAAAGACUGAAGGCUAAGAAUGGAAUCUUAGAGAGUAGACACAUUUAUGAAGUAGAAGAAAGAACACUCAGGGAAAGAAACAGAAUGAGUGGUCAGAGAGGUGGAGCAGCAAUGUUAAAAUCAUUGUAGAAGCCAGGGAUAGCCUAGAGCAAAGUUUCCCAACCUCUACCCUAUGGACAUUUAGGACCAAUCGGAUUAUUCUCUGUUGCAGGGGUGGUCCUGUCCUGUGCCUUGUAGGAUGUUUAUCGGCACCCACUAGAUGCCAGUAGAACUGCGGUCCCCCCUCCACUCCCCGCCCCCACCAAGUCUUGAUGAUCAAAAAUGUCUCUAGAGGUUACCAGAUGUCCUUUUGGGACAGAAUCACCCCUGGUUGAGAACCGUUGGUAUGGAGGAAGAUUUGUGGAAUUCCUGGGUUCUGCGGACUUUCUCCAGAUGAUCUCUCUUCAUCCACAGAGCUACCGUAUCAGGCAUCUGCAGUUAUUCUGGUUUAAAGAUGAGGAAACUGAGGUCGAAGAACCAGUGUCAAGUGAUUUGGGGACGUGGUGAGGUCUGAGGAAAGCCAUGAGGAUUGGUGUUCACAGGCUGUUGAUGAUAGAAGGCCAUGUGCAGAGACGGGAGAAGCAAUGGAGGACAAGUCGCAUUCCACAACGCUAAAUGAAAGGCCUGCUGGUGAAAUAGGCCUCGGGGUCAUAGACCGUUGCUUUCAGACGUUCACUUUUGAAAGAAAAUGUGAGUAAGGUCAAGUGGAAAUGUGUUUUCUUCCAAAAGGUGAGUGUGUGUAAGUAGAAAAGACCAGCCAGUGAGGGAGAAGGGUUGGAGGGAGAGCAGACAAGAAAGGUGAGAGGGGUACUGUAGCUGAAGAAGCAAAGUUUAAGAGGUCUCUGUGGAACUUCUCUGCCUCUCUUUCUCCUUCCUGUCCAGAGUCCACGCUCUCUGAGAUGCAGCUCCGACCUCAGCCAUUUUCUGCUUCAGCCCCUUAGUGCCCCAUCAUCACCUCAGAGCAAAGCCCAGACUCCUUGGUCUGGCAGCACAACCCCCUCACUUCUAGCCUGCCCCCACUGCUUCCUUAAACCCACUGGGGUUCAGUCAGACUAAGCCAUCUGCUGGCCCCUCAUAAAUGGGGAAGAAAUUGAAGUUGUCAAGAAUUUCAUUCUACUUGGAUCAAUAAUCAGCACCCAUGGAAGCAGUGACCAAGAAACCAAAUGAUGCAUUACAUUGGGUGAACCUGCUGUAAAAGAGUGUUGAAAAGCAAAGACAUCGCUUUGACUAAGUUGUGCCUAACCCAAGCCGUGAUCUUCUCAAUUGCCUCAAAUACACGUGAAAGCUGGAUAAUGAAAAAGAAAGAUGGAAGGAAUAUUGGCACGUUUGAAUUGUGGUAUUGGUGAAGAAUAUUGAAUGUCAGAAGAACGAACAAAUCAAUUUUAGAAGAAUCACAGCCAGGGUUCUCCUUAGAAGCCAGGAUGAUGAGACUUUGUCCUGCUUACUUUGGGCAUAUCAUCAGGAGGGACCAAUCACUAGAAAAGAAAAUCAUGAUGAUUUGGAUAGAAGACCAAAUCAGAAGACCAUUCCUAUGAGUUUACUGACAAUUCAGAUGAAAGCACGCAGUCUUUUCGAUUACCUAAAGGAACAGCAAGGUGAAGACUUAUCAUGAGUAAUGCCAACAAGGGUUGGUUUCAUUACUUGAAAUGGAGAUUUGGCUUACAUAAUGUGCGCAUAACUGGAGGAGCAGGAAGCACUGAUGUUGAAGCUGCCAAAAAAUUCAAGGAUGAACUGGACAAGGCAAUACAACACGAAAAGGAAGGAGAGAAGUUGUCAAAAAUUUUUACAAUGCUAGCAAGCAGCCAUCUAAGAUGCAUCAAUUGGUCUUAACCCACCUGGAUCAAAGGAGAAUGAAGAACACCAAGGACACAAGGUAAUUACGAACCCAAGAGACAGAAAGGGCCACAUGACCCAGAAACUACAUCAUCCUGAGACCAGAUGGUGCCCGGCUACAACUGAUGACUGCCCUGACAGGGAACACAACAGAGAAACCCUGAGGGAGCAGGAGAGCAGAGGGAUGCAGACCCCAAAUUCUCAUAAAAAGACCAGACUUAAUGGUCUGACUGAGACUAGAAGGACCCCAGUGGUCAUGGCCCCCAGACCUUCUGCCUGCCCGGGACAGGAACCAUUCCCGAAGCGAACCCUUCAGACAUGGAUUGGACUGGACAAUGGGUUGGAGAGGGAUGCUGGUGAGGAGUGAGCUUCUUGGAUCAGGUAGACACUUGACACUAUGUUGGCAUCUCCUGCCUGAAGGGGAGAUGAGAGGGUGGAGGGUGUUAGAAGCUGGCGAAAUGGACAUGAAAAGAGAGUGGAGGGAGGGAACGGGCUGUCUCAUCAGGGGGAGAGCAAUUGGGAGUACGUAGCAAGGUGUAUAUGAGUUUUUAUGUGAGAGACUGACUUGAGUUGUAAACUUUCACUUAAAGCACAAUAAAAAUUAUAAAAAAAAUUUUUUACAGUGAAGAGAUUAGCUGCAAUUUUUUCUAAGCUAGAUCAAGGGCUUCGGUUGCUUGUAAAUAUGGACACAAAUGUUAAUCACUUUGCUAAAUUUGAUGGGCAGAUUCAGGAAGCAGCAAGAUGUUACUGUGAGAUAUAUGAAAAAAGAAAAGGACUAUACAGACAACUCUCACAAAUUUUCUGGCCAGAAACACCAUCCCUACUCCCAGGGAUAAUCCAGAUGACCCAGAACCAUCCACAAAUAGAGUUAUUACAGCAACUGACAAAGUACCACCAUCUAACUCUUCAUCAUUGGAGUAAAUUUUUAUGAUUUAUGUGUUUUUAUGUAUGUGUGUAUUAAAAUGUAUCUUUAAAUUUAUGUGUAAUUUUUCCAACCCCCAAGACAAAGAUCAGAUUUAUAAAGAUACUGAUAAUAGAAGGCGAUAAUAAUGAAAACUAUUAAAAAUGAGGUAUUCACCUUAAAGUCAGAACUGACUUACAAUGGAGUCAUUGGAACAGAACCCCAUCAUAUGUCAGGGACUACCUGUAAUUCUAGUAUCAAAACUGCUGCUUCUAAUAAAGCACUCUGGUGGCGUAGUGGUUAAGUGCUAUCUAUGGCUGCUAACCAGAAGGUCGGCAGUUCGAAUCUACCAGGCGCUCCUUGGAAACUCUGUGAGGCAGUUCUACUUUGUCUCUAGGGUCGCUUUGAGUCGGAAUCGACUCGACAGCACUGGGUUUGGUUUUUGGGGUUUAGUGAUACUGAUUAUACCUGCCAACAAAAGCGAGCCCAGAAAGUUAAUGAAGUGGGUAAAACAGUGAUGCUCCCCAAAACUGAUUUUUUACCACCUAUUUUUUAAUGUAACGUGGCAGCCCUGGUGGUGCCGUGGUUACACAUUUGCCUGCUAACCAGAAGGUCUGCAGUUCAAAUCCACCAGCUGUUCCUUGGAAACCCUGUGGGGCGGUUUUACUCGGUCCAGUUGAGUCGCUGUGAGUCAGAAUCGACUCGGUGGCAACGGGUUUGGUUUUUCGGUUUAAUAUAACCUGAGGUAGCGUAUCUCUGAAACCUGCAGAGCCCGGUGCAAGUGCAGCAGCAUCUCUGCUAAGAAAGAUGGUAUAUGAUCAGCCCUUCCUGGUAUUCAGGUUGCUCACCGUUUGUGAGACGCCCGGACAGGUGCUCGGUAAUCAUUUCGAUCACUCCUGUCUCUGAUUCUGUGUUUACCAAGCAGUUCUCUGUCUCCACUGUGGCUUCCACGUGUAUGUAAACUAAGCGGCUGUUUUAGCUUACCCAGCAGUUACUCGUCUAUUUGGCUUGAACACUCGGGUCCCCCUACGACAGAUAGUUACAGAAUCCGUUUUCUUAAACUUUAAAGCUGGAAUGUGGUGACGUCUCCAGGUGCCUCCCAGGCUUCUACCUGAGUGACGUCUCCAGGUGCCUCCCAGGCUUCUACCUGAGUGACGUCUCCAGGUGCCUCCCAGGCUUCUACCUGAGUGACGUCUCCAGGUGCCUCCCAGGCUUCUACCUGAGUGACGUCUCCAGGUGCCUCCCAGGCUUCUACCUGAGUGACGUCUCCAGGUGCCUCCCAGCCUUCUACCUGAGUGACGUCUCCAGGUGCCUCCCAGGCUUCUACCUGAGUGACGUCUCCAGGUGCCUCCCAGCCUUCUACCUAAGUGCUGUUGUAAACUGCAACAGUGAUUGCUUAAUAAUCGAAGAUUGUUUUGUAGGCAAAAUAUUUGAAUUGUGUGUACAGAAUAUGGAGGAAAAGAUAACAAAAGGGGUUGUUGGUGGCACCCUUCUCUCAGUGGGUAAGUGCAAGAUCAGGGAGACUCCUUACUGGGCACUGUCAUCACUGCAUUCUGUCUGUCACCACCCUGACAGGCAUUUCUUCUGAGUGCCCCCUUUUGCCUUAAAAAUAAAGGUAGAGAAUGUCAGACUUCACGUCUUACACUAUCGGUGGCCAUUUCCACAACUCUGAAUUGAAAACUAUCCCUAAUGUCUAAGCAGAUUCCCGUUUUUAUAGACAGAUUAGGAGAGUAAGCAGCACUCUCUACAAAUGUUAAACGUAUAGGGGAAAAAACCCCAUUGCCGUCGAAUUGAUUCCAACUUAUAGUGAUCCUAUAGGAUAUGAUAAAACUGCUGCAUGGGGUUUCCAAGUUGCUGCUGGUGGAUUUGAACUGCCAACCUUUAGUUUAGCAGCCAAGCUAAGGUAAAAUUACAGUUGAUACUAGUGGCGCAAUGGUUAAGUGCCUCACUGGUAACAGAAAGGUUGGCAAUUCGAUCCCACCCAGCCACUCUGCAGGAGGAAGACCCGGCAAUCUGUUCCUAUAAAGAUUACAGCCUAGAAAACCCUAUGGGACAGUUUACUCUGUCACAUCAGGUUGCUCGGAGUUAAAAAUCAACUGGACAGCAACUGACCACAACAGUUGUAACCUUAGUGGAAAAGUAUGUGAGGCAAUUGGUAGGUCUGGGUUAGUGACUUUGUGCCACUCAUCAUUUACCUCUUCUGUGACAGACGUUUGUCUAAAAUAAGCCCGAAAUGAGUGGCAAGAUAGCGGGAAGUGCUUGUUAAGUCACUAAGCACAUAGAUGAGAUGUUUUAUCAGUGUUUUCUUCCUUUUCACGUUUAGAAACUUGCCUUUCUAGUUGGGGUUCAACCCCCAUUGGAAAAGUGGCUGACCGUCCCUGGGAGUGAUGGGACAGUCUUACCUUUAGACUGAAAAAGAUUUAGGGGUACACCAUAAGAAAUAAAGUAUAAGGUUAACUCCUCAUGUAACUCGCUAACCAAGGGUGAUUACCUUAACUUCAGACAUUGGAAAAUUAUACAUAUCUUAUUAUUAAAAGGCUAUUAAUUUGAAUGGGUAUUCGUAAGAUUGUUUAGAAGAAUUACAUUAAUUUAUAAAACAUAAUUGAUUGGCAUAUUAAUUUGCUUUUUUAUAAAUGCUGUUGACUUAAAGUCUUCCAGUUCACUCACUGUUUAGGUAUUUUCAGUAUUAGUGGUGAGAAAACCUAUGAUGUGCGGAGGGGUGGUGUCUUAGGCUGGGUUCUCUGGGGAGCAAAACCAGUGAAGCGUAUACAUAUAAAUGUACAUGAGGGUAAGUCAAGAAGUAUCGCUACUAGGGUUCCAGUUCAUACAUGCCUGGGUUUAUUCCAAACAAAACGUGUUUAAACAUGUCUCUGUGCUCAGUGGAUGGCUGCAGAAAAGCUCUCUCAGUAAUACACUUGUCUUAGUCUCGUUAAGGUGCCUUCAGAAAAAAAAAAGGAUACUUUUUAUGCCAUGGAAAAAAAUGAUUUUCAGGUCACCACCACCACUGCCGUUGAGUCGAUUCCGGUCAGGGCUGAUAUAAAUUUUUAACAAAACUCAAGUGGACAUACUCCUAAAUCAUUGAAACUUUGCAGCAAGUUUAUGGGAAGGCUGCCCCACAGAAAACAACCGUUUUUAGAUGGAUCACAAGUUGAGGGUUGGGAAGAUCUCAAAGAUGAGCCAAGAGAGGGAUGACCGCUCAGAAGGUUAUGGCGACUGUUUUUUGGGAUUCCAAAAAGGUAAUUUUGAUAGAUUUCCAGAAAGGACACAGGAUGAUCACGGGGGCUUAUUAUGAAGAAAUUUUAAGAAAAUUAAAAAUUGCAUUGGUGAGGAAAAGGCCAGGAAAGUUGUGCCUAGGAAUUUUUUUUUCCAUCAUGACAAUGCAACUAUUCGUUCUUCGAGGGUAGCAAGGGCUGUCCUGUGAGAAUUCCUUUGGUAAACCUUACCCCAUCCACCCUACAGCCCUGAUCUUGCCCCCAUAGACUUCUUUUUGUUCCCAAAACUCAAAGAGCAUAUAAAAGGAACACAAUUUAGGUCUUCCGAGGAUGCCAAAACAGCUAUUUUGAUGUGGUAUAAAUCAAAUAGGGCAGAAUUUUUCAGGGAAGGGUUAGAGAGAGAUGGAAACGCCACCUUCAGAAGUGCGUAGACCUAGGUGGAGGAUAUGUUGAGAAACAAUAGCUUCGCAUUUUGAUAUUUUUAUUUAAUGAAGAUUUCUAUGAUUUGUAGCAAUACUUUGACUUACCGUCAUAAAGAGAGAGAUUUAUUUCACAGAAAUGGCUCACGUGGUUGUGGAGGCUGGCAAGUCCCAGAUCCGUGGGUCAGGCUGGAGGCUUCUCCUAACUUAUGUGGUUGUCGGGGCUGACAAACUCAAAAUAAGGAGGUCAGACGGCGGGCUGCUGACUCACGGGGCUGCAGGACCUGGCAAAAUACAAGAUCUGCAGGCCAGGUGACAGGCUGCUGACUAAUAUCCCAAGAACCAGAGUCAGAUGAUGACGAGUCAGAUGGAGGAUUGAGAGAGAGCUUUGCCAGAACAUCUAUGUAUAUUGGAUGCCGGUCACAUCCCUAAGGAAACCCCCUUACAUCAGAUUACAAAAUGGAGGAUAAUUACAUAAUGUUGAGAAUCAGGGCCUAGUCAAGUUGACACAGCAUUAACCAUCACAGUCCAUCCCUUGUCAACUUGGCAUCUGUACACAUCUCCUUAAACCAUAGAUGAUCCCUAAAUAAAGACAGUUAUUAAGUCAUUCUUGAGCCUAACGUGAUACAAUAACAUGCGUCCAACUGAAAACACCCUACUCUGUUUAAAUCUUAUAUUUUAUAAGUAAUGGGAUAAGGGAUGGAAAACAAAAAUAUUUGUUUUCUACAUAUAAAUAUAUAUGUGUGUAUAUAUACACACACACGUGUAAUAAAACAAGGAAGAAAUACUCAUAACAACAGUCCUUGUUUUCUGUAACUGGUUAUGUGGUUGUAACUGAUAUUUAGAAUUACCUUCUUCUACUAUCCGUUCCGUAUUCCCUAUACCCUCAGCAAGCACCACAUGGUUCUUUGGUGGGGUGUCCAAAACCUUCAUUCCUGAAGGGUCUGGGAUUUAGUAGUUGUGUUGGAAUUGGGUUGCCGUAGUUUUCCAUUGACUUUAAUCACAGGGCAUGAUAGUACUAAGAGACACCUAAGGGAUCUCCUCUAUUUCAGGCAUAAUCUUCUUUACCUCCAUUAUGUAGUAUCAGCCUGAUUUACUGUUGGUAAUCAGGAUCGAUCACAUCAGCCAAUAUGGUAACUUCCUUCUUUGCCUGUUGAUCCAGGGGCAUGAGGAGCCUAAAAUGGCAGGCUGGCUUUCUUAACUUCCAGUUCAGUGGAAUCCGUGUUGUUUCCCCAGGUGGGAGAAUUCCUCCCUUUGGAAAAAAGACUUAUAGAUCCCCAGAGCAUUGGGUUGUGGGGACAGGAAGCAAAAGAUUUUCGAGUAGGUCCCUAGGAGUAAUAGUGAGUGGUGCCACUCCCAUUUCCACCCUCUUGAUUCCUGGACCCGCAAAUCCUGGCUGUGAAAGAAACAGCACCAUAUGUUGGACACUAGUUUAGAGCUUAUACAGCCCCUUGUACAGCAUUGCCCAACCCUGCAACAUAUUGCCACCUACCUGUCACCAUAAUUAUAUCUUUAGAAGGCCAUUCCAUUUUUCUGUCAAGCCAGCUGCUUCAAGAUGAUGGGGAACAUGGUAAGACUGGUGAAUUCCCUGAGCAUAGGCCCAUUGCCACACUUCAUCUGUGCAGAACCGUCUGCAAACCAAACAUGAAUUUUCACUUCCUCAGUCAACUGAUCAUAAGGAACUCCCCAAGAGGCCAUAAAUGCAGACUGGAAGAGGAAAGGUAAUGUGACAAGGGUUGAGACCAUGGGCAUGUGGGCCAUUUCCUCAUUUAACUUACUCAUGUCUUUGGGUUCUGUCUGAGCCUGAUCUCGUAUAUACCACUACCAUUUAAUGAUAGAAUGCUGCUUUGCAUGUCUGACUUUAUGACUCUGUGGGUCAGACAAUACCCAGUUCAUGAUAGACAGCUCAGGCCGCAUGGUGACUUGGUGGCCUAUGGUUAAGCGCUCAGUUUUUGCUAAGGCCCAGUAACAAGCCCAGAAGCUUCUCGUAAGGAGAUUAGUUACCUACAGGGGGCGGCAGGGCUUUGCCCAAAAUUACUAAGGGCCUGUAUUCUUAUUCACCAAUGGUGGCCUGCCAAAGUCUCCAAACAGCAUCUCUAUCUGCCGCUGCCACUUCAAGCACUGUCGAACCAGCCAGAUCGUAUGGACCAAGUGAUAUAGCAGCUUGCACAAUAUCCUGAACCUGUUGUAGAGCCUUCUCUUGUUCUGGGCCUGUCUUAGUCAUCUAGUCCCAGUCCAGUAGGCUAGAAGUCCAAAUUCAGGGCCUUAGCUCCAAGAUAAGGCUUUCUCUCUCUGUUGGCUCUGGAGGAGGGUCCUUGUGAUGCAUCAGUCUUCCAGAGAUGUUCCCAUCUCAGCGCAGGAACCUCGGGUCCAAAGGAUGCACUCUGCUCUCGGCACUGCUUUCUUGGUGGUGUGAGGUUCCCAUGUCUCUCUGCUUGCUUCUCUCUUUUAUAUCUCAAAAGAGAUAGGCAUAAGACACUAUCUAAUCUUGUAAAUUUCAUCAGUAUAACUGCCACUAAUCUAUCUUAUUACCUCACAGUGAUAGGACUUAUAACACAUAGGGAAAUAACAUCAGAAGAUAAAAUGGUAGACAUUUAUACAGUUAUAUAAGGGAAUCAUGACCUAGCCAAGUUGACAGAUAUUUUUGGCAGGUACAAUUCAAUCCAUUACAGGGCCCCACUCAAACUAGUAGGUUUUUGAGUCACUUGAUAAACAGGGUGGAAUAACACACCCAAAUGAGGGAUAUAUUGCCUCCAAAAUCCAAAGAGGCCCACCAGGCAUUCUGCCUCCUUUUUAGUUGUAGGAAUGGCCAGAUGCAAUAACUCAUCCUUCACCUUAGAAGGAAUAUCUAGACAUUCCCACACCUGAUGACCCCUAGGAAUUUCACUGAACUGGAAAGCACCUGAAUUUUUGUCAGAUUAAUUUCCUACCGUCUAAAAAAAAAAAUUUUUUUUUUUUUUUUAAGCAUACAAAUAUUUUACCAAUAAGCCUAGAGUCAUUGGUACUUCUUCCUUACUAGGUCCAAUAAGCAUAAUGUCAUCAAUGUAGUGAAUGGACCAGUGUGACAUCUCGUGGAAGGGAAAGGUGACUAAAAUCCCUGCGGACUAAAUUAUGACAUAGGGCUGGAGAGUUAAUAUACUUCUGCGAUAGGACAGUGAAAGUGUAUUGCUGGCCUUGCCAGCUGAAGACAAAUUGCUUCUGGUGUCCCUUUGAUACAGGUGUGGAGAAAAAGACAUUAGCCAGAUCAGUAGUUGUUUACUAGGUACCAGGAGAUGUAUUGAUUUGCUCAGGCAGUGAAACCACAUCCGGAACAGCAGCUGCAAUUGGAGUCACCACCUGGUUAAGUUUACAAUGAUCCACUGUCAUUCUCCAAGAUCCAUCUUUUUUUUGCACAGGCCAGAUAGGCAAGUCGAAUGGGGAUGUGGUGGGAAUCACCACCCCUGCAUCCUUCAAGCCCUUGAUGGUGGCAGUAAUCUCUGCACUACCCACCCGCCCCCGCCAGCAGUAGAAGACUCUGAAAGUGGCGUUUACAUGCGAUUCAUGAGGUCACACAAGUGUUAUGACAUUGUUCCAACCAGUUCAAAGCUUGUUGUCUUUGAUACUACAUUACAAGUUAAAAAGGCCUUCUUUGCCUUGGUAGCCAACGGUGUUCGAGCAGCGCCACUGUGGGAGAGUAAAAAGCAAAGUUUUGUAGGAAUGCUAACAAUUACAGAUUUCAUAAACAUACUCCAUAGAUACUACAAAUCGCCCAUGGUACAGAUUUAUGAAUUAGAGGAACAUAAGAUUGAAACAUGGAGGGAGCUUUAUUUACAAGAAACGUUUAAACCUUUAGUGAAUAUAUCUCCAGAUGCAAGCCUCUUCGAUGCUGUAUACUCGUUGAUCAAAAAUAAAAUCCACAGAUUGCCAGUUAUUGACCCUCUCAGUGGGAAUGCACUUUAUAUACUUACCCACAAAAGAAUCCUCAAGUUUCUCCAGCUUUUUAUGUCUGAUAUGCCAAAGCCUGCCUUCAUGAAGCAGAACCUGGAUGAGCUUGGAAUAGGAACAUACCACAACAUUGCCUUUAUACAUCCAGACACUCCCAUCAUUAAAGCCUUGAAUAUAUUUGUAGAAAGACGAAUAUCAGCGUUGCCCGUUGUGGAUGAGUCAGGAAAAGUUGUAGAUAUUUAUUCCAAAUUUGAUGUAAUUAAUCUUGCUGCUGAAAAAACAUACAAUAACCUAGAUAUCACAGUGACCCAGGCCCUGCAGCACCGGUCACAGUAUUUUGAAGGCGUCGUGAAGUGCAAUAAGCUGGAAACACUGGAGACCAUCGUGGACAGGAUAGUGAGGGCUGAGGUUCAUCGGCUGGUGGUAGUCAGUGAAGCAGAUAGUAUUGUGGGUAUUAUUUCCCUGUCCGACAUCCUCCAAGCCCUGAUACUCACACCAGCAGGUGCCAAACAGAAGGAGACAGAAGCCGAGUGAUGCUGCGAGAGCAGACGCCCUCGAGGAGAACGUGAACAGCGCUCCAGGUCGUGUUUUACCUCUCCAACACUGACCGCAGUAGGAGAGUAGAAUGGUUAAGAAUGUAUAUCAGGGUUUAGUGAUGCAUCUUUUUUUUUUCCAGUGAUGUUGAAACUAAGCAUAAAAAAAAGAAAGAUUUUAUGUGCUUGAAUUCAGGCUUGCAUUAAAAGACUAUUUCCAGACCUUAGUCUGAGAUUUCAAAUGCUGUCUGUCAUAAAAGUGCACUGUGUCCUGGAAGUCUUAUUUCCCAUUUCAGAAGGUCCGCUGGUGUGCAGCAGGUCAUGUGACAUAAGGUGAGCGUGUGGCGUAGUCAGAUCAUAGUGCCUUAUGUCAGAACACAGCAAUAUGUCAUCCCAGCUGGGGCGCACUGGUAGGCAGCUGCUGGGCGGUGGACGUCGCAACCUCUUACCAAAUCAGCUUGUUCUCAUCAGACUUGUCCAAAAGCUGUCAUUUGAAUAUAAGUAAUGACUUUAAAACUUCAAUGGUGGUUUUAUGUUUAAAUGUUCUGUUCUGAACUACAGUGUAAAACAAAACUGCUUUUAAAACAGCUUUAUUUAUUUUUACUUUCACACCUCUCCUGGUGGGAAACAUCACCGUAUCCAGUAACAAACUAUUGAUUGUUACUUUAAAAGGACAAAUUUCUCAUUAUUUCACUUUGAAUCUGGAAGGGGUGUGAUUUCUAAAUAGCCACAGGUAGGUGGUAAACAUCAGCGUUUCUGGAAGCCCGUACAGGAGCGACUGCGGUGAGGUGAAGGGCGCCGGUGAGGUGAAGGGCAGCCGGUGAGAUGGAGGGCAGCCGGCCGGCCGUCAGAGGACGUGGCGGUGGAAAGGCGUCUGUUUUUUCUUCUGUAUUGAAAUGUAAAAUCAUGAUGUUUGUACGAUUGCUGACGCGAUUUUUCUUUGUAAAUUUUAUUGUGGCACAUACAGUAUUGUCAUACAGUUGAAGAGACACAAAAAGUGGCCUAAUGUAAGUGCUUCUGAAAAUGUUGACACUGUAUAUAUGAGUGUAAUUUGGUUUUUUUUUUUGGUUGUUGUUUUUUUUUUUUUU